AUGAUAACCAGACUGUCUGAGCCUCCCAUUCGCCGCGUGGCCGUCAUCGGCGCCGGCGUCAGUGGAGUUUCCACCGCGGCACAUCUGAUCGCUGAAGGGCUGGACGUGACCGUCUUCGAGAGGGCUCCUGUGUCCGGCGGCGUAUGGGUGCUGGAUCCCAACAUCCCAUUUGAACCCGCCUAUCCGGCCCCGAAGGCGUCGGUGGCCGAGUCGACCUUCUACGACCUCACAACCGAAUCUGACAAUCCACAUAUUCUACAUUCAUCGCCAGGGCCCGCGUAUGAAGGGCUGAAAAACAACGUCCCCACGCCGUUGAUGGAAUUGAGUCUCAACUCCUACAAGCCCAACACCGACUUGUUUGUCAGCCAGCGCAUUCUCGCUGAGUAUAUCCAGGAUACGGCGGCCAAGACUGGCGUGGCCGAGAGGACACUGCACGACACCAAAGUUGAGCAUUUAUCAAAGGAGCCCGGCGAGAGCGAGUGGACGGUCCGGACCUCAACCUGGGAUCAUGUCAAGAAGGAAAAGUCCAGCAGGGAAUGGAAAUUCGAUGCGGUCGCCGUAGCCUCGGGUCAUUAUCACGCUCCCAAAGUGCCCAACAUUCCGGGCCUGGUCGAAUGGAAAAGGGCCUUCCCGACAAAAGUGCAACAUUCGAAGAGAUUCCGCAACCCCAAGGGAUUUGACAAUCAGACCAUUCUGGUGAUUGGCGGCAGUGCAUCUUCCACCGACAUUGCUCGCGAGCUGGGCCCGACCGCCAAGAAGAUAUGGCAGUCGACGAGAAAGGGCAAAUACGACACGCCUGUCUCCAUGCUGCCGGAGAACGCGACCCGGGUGGCCGAGAUUGCCUCUUUCAGUCCGCUACCGGAAGACAUUGACGGCUCCGGCUCCGGCUCCGGCCCAAUCCCAGGCACGGUCACUUUGGUUGAUGGCCAAGUGCUGGAAAAUAUCGACCGCGUCAUCGUGGCGACGGGGUACCUGUUCACUCUCCCCUUCGCGCCGCAGUAUCACCGAGACGACUUGUCGCCCCAGGAAGCGGACGACAAGGUCCUCAUCACCGACGGUCUGCAGAUGCACAACCUGCACGACGAUAUCUUUUACAUUCCCGACCCGACCCUAGCGUUUGUCGGAGUACCCUUUUUCGUCGCCACCUUUUCCUUCUUCGAAUUCCAGGCCAUUGCGGUGGCCGCUUACUUUGCCGGCCUCACCACCCUUCCAUCCGAGGCCGAGAUGAGAGAAGAGUACAAGAAAAGAGUCGAGGCGGACGGCUAUGGCAAAAAAUUCCAUAUCCAGCAAGGAAGGGACCUCGAGUAUGUUUCGCGCCUGAUGGCAUGGGUAAACAAGGACCUGGAGCCGUCCAAGAAGAAGACUGAUGGAUAUUCCGAGAAAUGGAUCGCGACUCGAGACGCCCUUUUCAAGGAAAUGACCAAGCCAGGUGGGAUAUUACAUGAUCCAUCCAAGGAUGAAGUCGAAUGA